GUCUGACGCCAGAUGCGAUGGAUGAGACCUCUGGCCAUGGAGCUUGGGAGGUUCAAGUCGGAGAUCUGAGUCGUCGAGCCUCAGCUCACACACCCCUUUGCCUUCGGGGAAGGGGGAAGAGAGAGAGGAAGAUCUGCGAGCUCAGCCCGCAGACUUCUCCCUCUUUCUCCCCCUCUUCUUUUUAGAGCUCUCAUUCGUCUUAUCUGUUCCCAUCUUGCCCGGCAUCCCCUCCCAGCCCAUCGCCUCUCCCGCCCGGCCUCUCUUUUGGGGAUCACGGCCGUAAGUUCAACUCAGUUCACUGACGGCCGUGAUGCAGACAAAGCAGCACCGACAUGUACAGCCGGCGAGUGCAUCCUAUAUCUCUUUCCGCUGCAAGUGCAGCGUGACGGAGCCGGGAGAUGAGCUGGUGUUGGUCGGCAGCUGCGGGGCCCUCGGCAGCUGGGAUGUCAGCAAGGGCCUGGCGAUGACGACAGAUCACCAUACGUUCCCACAGUGGACGCUUGCUGAGGAGCUGGUGCUGGCUGCCGGCGAAAAGCUCGAGUACAAGUACGCGAUCCGCAGGAGCGAUGGGCACAUCGAGUGGGAGCCACUGGAAGGUAUCGCGGUCGAUUGCAUGAGAGUGUCUGCAUCCAUCAACUUGACGGCCUUGUUAUUGCGUGUCGUGCUUGCAGGCAAUCGUUUGAUCCGGUCGCUGCCGACGGGCCGCUUCUCGCUGGACGACAGCUGGGGUACACAGAUAUGAACAUACGCACAAACACGCGUAUGCGGAGUGUCUCUGUUAAUCUCUCUGUGUAUGGGUGCAUGCAGGUGUGCUGCCGCCAUUUACCUUGAUGAAGGCCAAGUUUCCCCACUGCACGCUUUCGCCUUCCCACCAGCAGCAGCAGCAGCAGCAUAGCCAGAAUCAAGAACAGCAUCCCUUCACAUACAUCUUCGUCGGCCGCCGCACCUACUGGCUGCUGAGCAUAGAGGACGUCGUGCGGCUGAGGGCCACCUGUACGUGUCUCGGAGAGCUCUUCGGAGCGGCCCAGCUAAGAGAUCGGCUCCGCCACUCGCUGGGCUCACAGGCGGGGCUGCGGCGGGUGGUGAAUGGGCAGCAAGUGCAGCUGCUGCGGCUCGACGACGACCAGUUCGGCGCCCAUGAUCUGGUGGCGGCUGUGUGUGUGGUGCAGGAGGGGCACUGGGGCGAGAUGGGCGAGGUGAUUGAGCUGGCGGGGCAGUGCGGCAACUGUGACCUGCCUGUGACCCUUAGUGGGGCUGACAUCAACACACACACAAACAUAACGGUGAGCCAGCAGACAGAGGGGCGGGCAGGGAAGGGAGAGGGCCCCAUUCUCUCUAGGUGUCUGUGUGUGGUCCUGUGUGUAGGCGUAUGUGUCGGCUCCCCGUGUCUUGGCGCAGCUCAAUAUGGUCGGCCGCUACGUCCACUUCAGUGACGACACCAGCCUGCAGCUGUUCUACCACGGCAACGGUGAGGUGCGGGCCAUCAUCGACGAGCCCGGCUUCCGCUUGGAGGUCGACCCGCCCCUCCCCGCCGGCCACAUGUACCAGGAGCACCGGCAGCCACACGACCCACCGUCGCGCAGCAGCAUCGCAUAUUUUUUGCCUGGGGGCUGGCGACCGCUGACUGCUCCUUAUGCCUACGCAUCUGUGUCGUCGUUUGUCAAGAGGAUGAUCCUUUACCACUUCACAGCAGCCCACCAGCACCAGUACAAUUUGUCAUGGCAUUCACUCGUUAGGUACGACACCAACGACACCAAGGGGGCGGAAGGAACACCACCAGAAGUCAUUUGUUGGUGUGGUUGGUUCAGGGGUGUCGGUGGCGGCCGUCUGGAUCGCCUGUUGACCGAGUCACCCCACACACCAGUGGCCGGCUGCACGACGACAAUCAGCCAGUGGUCGCGGCACAUCGGUGGCGGGGUUCCCUGGCGAUACCUGGUGCUCACCGACAGCAGCCACCCAUUCGUCGCAUGGAUUGAGAUUAAGCCAUACCCAACCAACCGCGGUCAGGGUGGCACAUGGGGAGAGUGCUGCUUGUCAAAUGGGUUGUGUGUGUGUGUGUGUGUGCAGUGCAUGUCUGUAUCGUGACGACUGAGGCGGCUGUGUGUGAGCGUGGUUUGUUCAAGUACCGCUUUCCGGCCACCGCCCAGGUGGCUCGCGUGGCGUUGGGGGCGGUAGGGCGUUGGUGGCACCUUCAAGUAUCUGCAACAUGAUGAUGACCGAUCCAUCAGCCGUCACGCACUGGUGGGUGCGCAGCGAUACAUCCCCUCUGUCGCCAAUGACUCGCCAUGUUGCUGAGUGCCGCCCUGCCCUCUGUGUGUCUGUUGUCAGGAGGGCAUCUCAAGUUGGGUGGUGGCUCUCGUCACUCAUCUCUGUCGCCGAUCGGUUUGUUCUUCAGGACACAUUGCCCAUCGCUCACUGUGUGGACCAGCUGCUGCUGCUGUGUGACCGAAUGGCUGGCGUGGCUCUGAUGGGUGUGGGUGUGGGCGUAAGUGCAUCUAGUGUAAGUGCAUCUGGUGUGGGUGUGGGUGCCGGCCGAUUUUGAUGUCAUGCCCCGGUCGAUGUGUGAGUAUGUUUGCUGCCUGGCUGACUCACCUGCCUGCCAUCACUCUCUCUCGAGGUGACUGUUUGCUGGAGUGUGUCUGCCUGUGCGUGCCGCGGUUGACGGCCGUCAAGUGACUGAGUUGACUUAGUGAAUUGGUCACUCUUACAAAUGGCCCGGCCCCUCCGGUCCGCCACACA